UUACCUAUGUCACGUGACCAAAAUAAUUAAUAAAAUGGAAUGAAUCAAAAUGAAGGAAUUAUUCAAAUGAUUUUUUAGCCGGUAUAACCUAUUUGGUAUAAAAUGUUUAGGAGAAAUUAUAUAUAAUAUAUCUGAAGUAUUAUUCGUUAGAAUGGUGUAAAUAUAACAUUUAAAAUAAGAAAAUGUAGUUAUUAAUUUGAAAAGAUUAUUCUAUUUAACUUUUCUACGAGAUGAGUGCUACAGAAAUAAAAUAUAAGUUCGAACGAGAAAUAGAUUGUAAACAAGGUGCAGUAAGAUCAGUUCGUUUCAGUGUUGACGGAGAAUACUGUUUGACAUGUGGAUCAGAUAGAAAAAUAAAGUUAUGGAAUCCUUACAAAGCUACAAAUUUAAAAGUCUAUGGAGGACAUGGAGACGAAGUAAUGGAUGUUUGUGCAUCUUGCGAUAGCAGUCAAAUAGUGUCUUGUGGUUUAGAUAAAUCUUUGAUUUUAUGGGAUGUAAGUACUGGAACACCUGUUCGACGCUUAAGAGGACAUGCAGGUCCUGUAACAACUGUAAGAUAUAAUGAAGAAUCAUCAAUGGUUGUUUCUGGAUCUCGAGAUAAUACUGUUAUGUGUUGGGAUGUACGGUCUAAAUCAAUAGAAUCUGUACAAUGUUUGAAUGAGGCCAAAGAUUCAAUUUCUAGUGUUAGAACUUCUGAUCAUGAAAUUUUAUCAGCAUCAUUCGAUGGAAAGAUACGAAGAUAUGAUAUUCGUGUUGGCCAAAUGUAUUCGGAUUACAUGAAAGAUGCAGUGACAUGUGCAAGUUUUACAAGGGAUGGACAAUGUAUUGUGGUUAGUUGUGCAAACGAUGUAGUACGUUUAAUUGACAAAGAUACUGGAGAAUUACUUGGUAAAUUUACUGGGCAUACAGCUAAAGAUCUGUGUUUAGAAUCAAGUGUAGAUUCUCAAGACACACAAAUUCUUUCGGGCUCUGAAGAUGGUAAAUUAUGGGUAUGGGAUUUGGCAACACAGACGGUUGUUGCAAAACUUUCUGGAUACAGACCAUCAAAAUACCCUACUUUAUCUAUAAACGUUCAUCCAACUAAAAAUUGUUUUAUAGCUGCAAAUGGCUAUAGUAUAUUAAUGUGGAGUGCAGAAUCUACUGCAAAAGUUGAAUAAGGUGUAUAAGAUAUAA